CUUCCGGAAGCGCGCCUUACCACGUGACGAGCGCGGAAGGCAGACGGAGCGAUGGCGGCUGAAGGGGAUGUCGAGCUGGAGUUAGAAGCGGAGCCCAAUGGCUCGGCAGGCAGCGGAGAGCGACCAGCCGAGAAGCCGCGGAAGCACGACAGCGGAGCGGCCGACCUCGAGCGCGUCACGGACUACGCGGAGGAGAAAGAGAUCCAGAGCUCCAACUUGGAAACGGCGAUGUCAGUGAUUGGAGACCGAAGAUCCAGAGAGCAGAAAGCAAAGCAGGAGCGGGAAAAAGAACUGGCCAAAGUCACAAUCAAGAAAGAAGAUUUGGAGUUGAUUAUGAACGAGAUGGAAAUAUCCAGGGCAGCAGCAGAACGCAGCUUGCGAGAACACAUGGGGAACGUGGUGGAAGCACUGAUUACCCUCACCAACUGAGGGCCACCUGCUAGAUGGACUUUUGGGGAGCAAGGGAAGGAGAUAGCCUCUCUUUGGCCUGUUCUGCACAGGUUCUUUGCAUAUGAUAUUUUAAAGCUGCUGGAAUAAAUAGUCCAAUUUUUUGAA